UUUUUAUCGUAGCCCUGUCUUUUAUAAGUUAAGUUAAGUAAUGUAUUUAUUAGUAUAAAAUUGAUUAGUUGAACAUAAAUUAAAUCGCACAAAACAUCAUCAUGUAUACGAGCAUGUCGGAGCACAACCGUUUGGUAAAUCAAUACCUCAAGGUGUUUUUUGUUGUUGCUCUCUAUUGGACUGUAUCUAUAUGUACCGUUUUUAUGAAUAAAUUACUACUAAGCAGUGAUACCGUAAAUUUGGACGCACCUCUGUUCGUUUGUUGGUUUCAAUGUCUUCUUACAGCGGUUUUGUGCGCAUUUUUGAGUGCCCUUGGUCGGCGCUACCCAAGUAUAAUUUCAUUUCCCGAAGGAAAUCCCUUUGAUCUUGACAUAUUUCGCAAGAUUUUGCCGUUAUCCAUUUUGUUUACGCUGAUGGUGGCUACGAAUAAUUUAUGCCUUAAAUACGUCGGUGUAGCUUUUUACUAUGUUGGUCGAUCAUUGACAACAGUUUUCAAUGUAGUACUCACAUAUGUAUUGUUACGACAGAAAACUAGCUUCAAAGCCAUAAUUUGUUGCGUUUUUGUAGUAUUUGGUUUUCUAUUAGGGGUAGACCAGGAGAGUAUAACGACACAGUUUUCCCUUCGCGGCACAAUUUAUGGAGUUUUGGGCUCGCUCAUAUUAGCCUGGUAUUCUAUACAAACUAAAAAGGCUUUAGUGCAUGUCCAUCAGGAAGUUUUGCUACUAAGUUAUUACAAUAACGUAUACUCUAGCUUAUUUUUCCUGCCAUUGAUAUUGAUAAAUGGUGAAGUGAAUACAAUUGUAGGAUAUGAAAACCUAUUUGCUCCUUGGUUUAUAAGCGCCAUGCUUAUUGGCGGUUUAUGUGGUUUCGCAAUUGGAUUUGUAACAGUUUUGCAAAUAAAGGUAACAUCACCUUUAUCACACAAUAUAUCUGGAACAGCAAAAGCCUGUGCUCAGACAAUCAUAGCGACCCAAUGGUACAAUGACACAAAAUCUGCCUUAUGGUGGAUGUCGAAUCUGAUCGUCUUAUUGGCCAGCGCCGCUUAUACGCGCGUCAAACAAUUGGAAAUGCAACGCCAACAUGAGCGUAAUAGCGCAACCCAGAAGGCUUAGCAAUAGACUGCGAGUAUUUAUUAAAAUGUUUUUAAAACUGUUUUAGGUGUAUCUUAUUCUAAAUGAUUUUUUCGAUACAUAAUUUGUACGAUAUACAUAAGUAUGAAAACAAGGCGUAGACUUGCCUUGUAUGUAAGCAAAACAAUUUUGAAAAUACAUAUAUACGUACGUAUAUACGAGCACAUAUAUACAGAUGCGCGAUAUAUUCGUGGUUAACUUUUA